UGUGUGUGUGUGUGUGUGCAAUUACACCUUCCUAACAACAAGGACGUUUCCGAACUCAUGUCAUUAGGCAAUUUCACUGCUGGGCAAACGUCAUCAAGGGUACCUACUCAGUGUGGGGGUAGAGUCAGCCCUCCAGUGGCCCUCAGUGCUGUCCAGGGGCAGGGUGGAUGCAAGAGGCCCAAGAGCUUGCGGUGGGCUUUCCACCAGUGCAUGGGCAUGCUCCAAAACCCUGUGUGGGAAGUGUGGCGAGAACUAGGGCAGUGCCACACGGCUAAUGGGGACCACGGACCCUGCAGAGCUCACACGUGCUGCCCCUGUGACUGGCAGCGGGGGGUUUGUGUCCACAGCGUCCCCACCAGCGGCUCAGGAGUGUGCUGCACCACACUGCUGCUGGGUGACAGGACGUGUGCAGCCCCACGGGGCCCGUGGGGCUGCUUCCUUCCAGGUGGUUGCUGACCUCGAGUCCCGUGGCACAGGCUCCUCUUUGCGCCUCCCUGUGUUCGCUGUCUCGCAGGCCUGCUUUCCUCCUGUCCUCUCCCUACUGCUGCCGAUGCUCCGUUCCAUCAGCAGAAUGGGCCGGAGACCUGGAGGGUCUCCUCUUCGCGGAGGCUGGCAGGGUCAUGCUGCUGCUGCCCAGGCUGGUCUCCAGUUCGCAGGCUGCGUGAGCCUUUUGUGUCCGCACACUCCGCCAAGGUGCUGGAGCGUGGGCAGGUGCCACCGUGCCGGCCCAGGGCCACUUUUUAAACCUGACUCCGGGAGAUGGAUUAUGAAGGCCUGCCAGUUCCACCUCUGGAACACACGUCACCUCCUCCUGCCACUGAAGCUGCCAGCACCGCCUGAUCCGCAGCAGCCUCCUGGACAGAUUCUGCUCCGCCAGAGAACCGAACCCACACACUCCUUAUCCCCACGAGCUUCCUCUUCUGCUGUCUCCACAGAGCAGCUGGAGCGACCCAAGGUGGAAGCUCACAUCUGCUCCCUGCUCAUAACGUGUCUUUGCUUUUCCACCGCGUGUAAAAUAAAAUUUACCCCAUUGCACUUGCCUGGCUCUGCUGUCUCCUCUGGGCUCUGCCGCCAGCUGGCCUUGGCGUCCCGGGAGCGCCAGGGACUCGGCCCUGAAGGACAGCUGUGCAUGGCUGUUCUUUUGGCUUAAACCAGGCCUCCAGCCCCUUCCAGGGCUGUCUAUCUCAACCUCUGCUCCCAAGUAAAGUUCCAGGAUUUUUGCCCCUUUCAGUUUUAUCUCUGGCUUAUCCAUGUACUCUGAGGCCAGCUUAGGGUUCAGGGUGGGAGAUACACAGCAGGAAGCUGAGCUCCAGAAGGAGGGUGAAAGGGAACUUAUGGUUUCAGCUACUGACUUUUAUUUCCUUGCUUUGAACAGAGUGCUCAUUCUCCCAGUCUUUCUUCCUGGAACACAUGGAGAAGGCUCAAGAAUAGGAGCCUGGGAGCAGCUUCCUCUUUGGAAAUCUGUUUCUUGGAGUUUUCUUUCUUCCAGGUCAUCUGC